GGAACGUUUUCUAAAUAACCCUGUAUAAGAAGAGCACUCCCACGACCCUCAUAAGAAUUUACUCAGCGCGGGUGUUAUUAGGGAUCGGAUUCGGUAGAGUGAGUGCAUACAGUUGAGUCGGUAAGUGCGGGUGGUUAGAGCUCAACUCAGCUCAAAGUGCUGCCAACAGCCAACGAGGUCGGACGUGUUCAGAGUGUAGCCAAGAACAGAAGCUCAAGUGUCUUCGGGAAUAAUUAAAAGUGUUUGUUGAAUAAAAUAUACUUAUAGUGGAAUGAGUUUCCAAUCGGUCGCAACAAAGACAAUGGCUAAUACUCCUUUUUCCAUUAACGAUAUUCUAACGCGAAGCAAUUCUUCAGUGCAAUAUCCUUUAGAUCAAUCCUUCGAUAUAAGUAGUGACGGUGCAGUGAAGUGCUUCAAGUUCCCAUCUUGUGACCGAUCCCUCAGGGUAGCCACAGGACUAAUGAGACGUCAAUCAGAAAGUCCAACUACUGGCAUGAAGACCAGUAGAGGUGGCUUUCCGGCAUCACCAGGAAGUCAUUCUAUCUAUUUCAACAAUAAUAACUGUUCAGCUCCGGUUGUACGUCGAGGAUCAUUGGACUGUUUUCUCGUAGAAAAUGAGAAACGGGAUCAAUUAUCACCCGAUGGAGAGUGCGAGGAAGUAUAUCCCAAUGGAUCCUCAAUGAAGCUCCUCGAUGGUCGGAUGGGUCGAUACAGUGGAAGAAUGGACUCACCUCUAGACAUGAGACGUACAGCUACAGAUUCAGAUGGAGAUUCACCACCUCCUCAGUUCAACCUGGGCCUCCAUCAUAUGGAGGAUAAUCUCACCACGAGCCGCAAAAAGAGAUCGCGAGCUGCCUUCAGUCAUGCUCAGGUAUUUGAACUGGAGAGAAGAUUUGCACAACAGCGCUACCUGUCCGGACCUGAGAGAUCGGAAUUGGCUAAAAGUUUGAGACUCACUGAGACCCAAGUGAAGAUAUGGUUUCAGAAUCGCCGUUACAAAACCAAACGGAAACAGAUACAACAACACGAGGCAGCAGUUCUCAAUGCUACCAAAAGAGUUCCUGUGCAAGUUCUAGUUCGCGAAGACGGUUCAUACGGGCAUAUGCUUGUUGGGAAUGGUCAAUUGGCAGGAACACAGCCGCAUUUUGCGGCAGGACUUGAUCCAGCUUUAGUCAAUAUGUAUCGGCAUCAGAUUCAAAUGGCUUAUGGAAUGCCAAUUCCUGCGGUUCCAUUUCCAUACUUCUAUCCUUCAAAACUGUCAGCUCCAGGAUCAGCAUUGGAGCAACAUAAAUUAUCCAUGAGGCUGUUUGAUAAGCAUCAUGAUCAUAUUUUAAACUACUCAAAACGAGAUGAUGGGCGACAUUCUUCGUCAGUGACACUACCUUCAACUCCGGACGAGUCCACCCAGAGGAAUGAAAAACAACCCUCAAAGAUCUCACCAAAUAAUGAAGAAAUGGAUGUAGAUUCUGACAAGACAAAACAGAAUCAACCAAACGAUGGUUUAGAGGAGAGCGAAAAUGUUGAAAUUGAUUAGAGUUUCGUUGUUAGUGUGUGAAGAUGAUUUUGUUGAGAAUAAAAUUGACGUCACAAAA